AUGCAAUGUACCCCAAUAUCUACUAAAUUAGUAGCUUUAUCAGAAACUCAUGUAGCACCGUCCCUCACCGAACUAGAUUUGCUAGAAAACACACCACAGUUCGAGGAGCUCAAAAAAAGCAGUUAUAUUCCACAGUAUCAUCAUCACACUCUAGACUUGAUACAACCCACACCACAUCAUCCCAUUGAGAGAGAAAACUGUCUACCAAUGCCACUAACAUUAAAUGAAAAUCACUCACAACCUGGAAAGUUUAAUGAAGCUUCCGAUUCAAAAGAGGAUUGGCCAAUUAAUCAUGCUCUUCAAAAUCCCAACAUGCCACAUUCCGCUGUAAAAUCAUCGAGUAACUCUCCAUCUUAUUCCAGAUCUAAACUAUUAGAACCAGUGAUCAUUUCACCACGGUCGUCAUGCUCAACAUCGCCCAAAUCCAAAAAAAGUCCACUAAUGAUGCCAUUAUCAUCAGCACAAAAAAGUCCCAAACCCAACAACGCGUAUCUUGGAAUGAAUAGCCCAAUACAGGGACAAUCGCCAUCAUAUUCAGACUCCAAAUCCAAAUCUCACAAAGUACCAAAGCUUCCUAGUCUUUAUUACCUGACUCAUAAUCUUGUUCAACAACCCGAAAAUUCAGCAGACUCGCGCUCACCAACAAGUCAGUUCAAACCAUAUAGUGCACACCUAUUUGAGCAAGUCGACAAACCAAUGGAAGACUGUGUUACUUUAGUAGAAUCAGAAAGUUCUGUCAAAAUAGGUUCCACUACACUACUUCCCAGCAUUCUAUUAGCAACUCCUUCCAAAGAAUCGCAUAUUUUGCUUGCUACCGACAGCCCAAAUACAGUUGUCCCAUCUUCUUUGCAGCUGCAACCAGAUUCAACUUUGAGAUCGCUAACUACUAAAAGACUAGCUAUGCUGAAUCUAUCAUCUUUUCAAAAACCUUUAUCCAUGACAGAAAGAGCAUCGCCAUGGAUUGCUGCUAAACACGAUUCAUUUCAAACCGGAGAGCGUAUACCAUCAGCACAUGAACCAGUCAAAUCAAAAUCAAUAAAAGAUCAUGCCCAUGUAUCUGCCAUGCCCAUGUCAAAAAUACACCUGAGCGAAAACCAUGAAGAUCAAGACAUUUUAAACGAUUGCAGCAUCAAGAACAAGAAAGAGGUUGCUGAAGCGCUACAUCGUCCGAUUCGACAAUUCAAUGUUGAUGUGGUUGCCAAAAUGCAUGCCAAACAAGUAGCACAGCGCAUCAAAACAGCAUUUUUGGUCAACAAUUCUAAAUUACAGAAUCGGGUAGAAAGAAAUGUUGGGAUUUCUAAAAUGGGUCGAGUUUGGGUAUGUCAAAAAUGGCGAUUGGCUUUGGCAUCAACUUUACUAGGAAUUCGAAUGACAAGUGAGUUUAAAAAUAUCGCAAAGGGGAUUCAAGAGAUUCAGCGUAUUCCAUGCACCAAUGAGAAUAGUUUAUUGUACAUUUUGCAGACCUAUCAGGGCCACGCGGAUACACAUCUAUCAGCAAAGAUCAAGGCAGUUUGCUUUAGUAAGGUGAGAUCGUUUGAAAGUCUUGAACAGCUAUCAAAACUACUUUCGCUGCGGCUGCAAUCGUUUGCUCAGUUUUCCACGAAUAAUAGACUGCAGUUUUGCCGAAUCAUGCAGUAUGCGCAGUUUCCAGUUGGAUCAUUGAUCAUCAAGGAGGGGCAUAUCUCGUCAUCGUACUACAUCAUCGUGAGUGGACAAGUUGAAUUGUUUAUUGUACGAGAUGGAUUCAGAUAUCGGCUGAACGUACUAAACCCCGGGGAUAGUUUUGGACGACUGAUGAUUCGCGAAGAUAUCAAUACCUCUAGUGUCGCAACUUUGAUGGAUAGUGAAUUUAUUUAUAUUGACAAAGACGAAUCUUCAAAGAUAUCCGUUAUUGGAGACUGGAAACACUUGCUCGUGGAACUCUCAAAAGUACCCCACUUUAAUAUGUUAGAUACAUUCCUCAGCUCUGCCUCGGGACUAAUUUCAGUUCUUACAUUUGAACCUAAUGAAAUAAUCUUUCCAGAAGGCACAGAUCACAAAAUGAUAUACUGGGUGAUCUCUGGUCAGUGCAGUUGCCACAAGGCGGUUCCCUUUAUCCAACACAGGGUAAAAAUAUCUGCCUCGAAUACUAAAAUUCAAUUUCUUCCUUGCGAUCCAAAUGCCAUGACCCUCACUCAGCAGCAACUUGACGAUGGCGAUGAGAUUGUGUUUAACCAGUUGAGCAUUCACGACCUUACAAGCGGUGAGCAUUUUCCCGAUCUUCCUUUUUCAGAAGAGUAUCAGUGGGUCACAACAGAAAUGUUUGAUCAACACGAUUAUGCAAAACAUCUCGAGGACCAGGUACAAAGCCAUGGAUUUGGUAAAACAUUUAUAUCGGUCGUAUCUUCAUCCAAAGUCAUAGUGGCUAGUAUGACAUGUUUGGACUAUGUGCGAUUGGCAUCGGAAAAAAUGAUAUUGGAUUUACUUAGACAUCGCAUGCUACAAACAUUCUCUAUAUCAGAAUUACAGAAAGCUUUUAUUGAAAAACGAAAAUGGGAGGCAUAUAAAAAAAAUCUUGUUAGAGAUCUACGCAAAUAA